AUGACGAUCUGCUCCCCCGGCGCCGCCCCCUCUCGCUUUAUCACCGAGCGGAGGGCUACUGCCCCGGGACACUGCCGGGGAAACCAAAAAGGAGAAAAAAAAAAAGCUGAGAAAGAUCAAAAACCGGCUCCGCAAGUCCCAGAGGCGACUUCUCCCCCCCCCCCCCCCCUCCCCCGGGCCGCAUUCCCCAAACUGCACGGCACAGGCGCGGAGAGGAGCCGGGCAAAGGGCUUGGGGGGGCGGGGGGUCCCGUCACCCCAUAGCCGAGUGGGGGGGUCCCGUCACCCCAUAGCCGAGUUGGGGGGGGGGUCCUGUCACCCACCCCUGAGCCGGCUGGGGGGGGUGUCACCCCCCCGAGCCCGGCGCCCCGUCCUGCUGCGGGAGGGGAGGCCGAGCCCACCUCUCUUCCUUCCUUCCCCCUUCCCUCCUUCCCCCUUCCUUCCUUCUCCUUCCCUCCUUUCCCCUUCCCUCCUUCCCCUUCCCUCCUUUCCCCUUCCCUCCUUCCCGCUUCCCUCCUUCCCCCCCCCCCCCCCCCCAGCCGCCGAGCCCUGGUCAGUUUCAGCUCCGCCUGAUGGACCUAGUAUAACCAAAUCCACGUCGGUGAGCUGUAAACCUGGGAAUGAUGUACCAAUACAUCCAGCCGCCCUACAGACGCGGAGGCACAGCGUACCCGCACGGACGUGGCUCUGCAGACAGACGGACAGACGGACGUGCGGGUCCAAGGUGUCGAGGGAAGAAAAAAAGAAAGAACCGAACAAAAACCCCAGCCCAGACGCACCCCCUGGCUCCCCGAGAGCGGGGAGCUCUUCCUCCCUGCCCAGCACCUUCCUCCUCGUCGCUCAGAGGGUCCCACGCAGAAAGGCGCAGGGCAGGGGGCUCAGGCACCCGGGGGCUGCUGCGGGGAGACCCUCCCGUCCCCACGGCACACGCCGCGUGUGGGGACAGCAGAGGAACCGCGGCCUCCCCGCUUCUGCAAGAGCCCCCCCCACGCACACACGCGUGGAAACGGGGGUCGGUGCCUGCUCUGGGGGUGAACCCCGGGCCGACCCCUCCCAAAAGCAGACGGGACGGGCAGGAGGGAGCUGCCAGCCCCCCGCCCGCUGCCCCCGGUGCCGGGGACCUCCGAGGACCGGGGGGGUCGGGGGCGGAGGACGUGGGGCCGGAUUUUGCGCGUGGGGGUGAGUAACCCCCGCUGCUCCGUUGCUCGUCCCCAAAACCUUGCAGCGGGCAAAGGGGAGUGGAAGGGAGGGGAGAUUUUCCACCUUUGCAUCUCACUCGUGGCUAUCAGGAGCUUUACACCGAGGGAGGCUGCAGCCCCAGCCUCCCCCCUCCGCCUGCAACGCGGUGGCAAAGAUCGGGUGCGAGUCGCCCGCGGGUUUUCCCAAACCCACUCGGGCCGGGCGAGCCGCCGCGAGGCCCCGGGGAUGGGCCCGGCCGCGGCCGGAGCGCUCCGGGCGGCAGCGCUCAGCUCGGCAGCGGCAAACGGGUCCUUCGCAGCGGGGUUGGCCUCUCUCCUCCUUCCCCUGCUUGGCCCCCAGCCCCACGGCUCAAAAAUCGUGUAUAUUUAAAAAAGAAAUACCCUCCUUCCCUCCCUGCAAAGCCCUCCGGGAGCCUUCCGGGGGGCGAAAGCGCCUUUCCCUGCCGGCGGAUCUGCUCGCAAGGAAAAUUCCCCGCGAUUUGGCGAUUUGAUGGGUUUUUAUUUUUAUUUAUUUUUUUUCCCACGAUUUAUGCCCUAUCGCUGGAAGGGUCGGUGUUAAUUCUCCAAAGCCCCCCCCGGGGGGGGGGGGGUCCCAGCAGAGCGAGGCGAGCCCGGGGGCAUCGCCCGGGACAAGGCGCCCGCAGCAGCCCCGUCGCUUUGGGUCGAGUUUACCCCAAAUCCAGCAAUCACCGCAGGCACGGAAAACUCCCGCGGGUACAAGCCAGAAACGGUUUGCUCCCAGGGGACACAACGAAGAGCCCCUGGUGGGCACCAGCCCCCUGCAGCCCCCAGUCCCCCCCCCCCGGGACCCCCCCCCCGGGGCAGCAUCCGAGCCCGGCCCGGGCUGCGCGGCUGGCGGCGGGGAGCCCGCACACGCCGGCGGCGCCGCUUUCCGAUGGAAACGCGGCUUAAUAACCGGGGCUGAAAAUUGAUCACUUAAAAAAAAAAAAGAAAGAAAGAAAGAAAGAAAGAAAAAAAUACACUCCUAGUGCUGGAGGGAUUUUUUUUUUCCUUUUCUGCUGACGUUGGGAGUUCGCUAUCUGCGCUUCUAGAGUGACUCUCGCUGAGGUGAAAGGUAACGCGAUCGCCUCCCAAUUCUAUCUUUAGAAAACACAUUCAAUUAAGGUAAUAACUUAAAGCUCAUUAGAGCGGCGAAGGGAGCCUUCCCGCAGCGAAACACCAAUGGAAAGAGACCGUCGGUGCUGCCCCCCCCCCCC